UUUGAAGUGGUCCAUUAUUAUGAUGACGAUGCAUUCUUGACUGGAUACGUCUGUCUGUCAGCAGAACUGUCAUCCUCCGCGUGGCGAAGUGCCUUCAGCAAGUCAUUCAAAUAAAUGGCUUUCCAAGAGGGCCAAGAGGGGCCAAAAGCACCCAACAACAACCGCCAACGACAAACUCGAGUGACCUUGUCCUCACUAGUAGCUAGUAGUAGAGGAACAAAGCUUGCUAGCUAGCUAUCUAAGGAGUGCGGCACCCCAACACAGCUCUGGAAGCAACAGUAGACAGUCCCUGGUAGAUAUAAGGAGAAAGCGGUCAGGGAGCGAUCAACUUGGAGAGGAUCAAAUUGGUGUAGACGAACGACACAUCGACGGUUUGCUGUAUCUGUAUCUUUAGGCUUGCCCAUUACAUUCAAUUACUAGUACGGUACCACAGUAAGAUCACAACAAACAUGUCCAACUUUGGUGGGAACAGCAACUUUGGCGGGAACAACAAUCGCGGUGGCGGUGGACGAGGAGGGAGAGGCCGCGGAGGAAGAGGCCGUGGUGGUGGUCGAGGUCGAAACAGUGGUGGUGGAAAUUUUCAUCAUGGCGGCGGCGGCGGUGGCUUUGGCUCUGGACAGGAAAACGUGGCCGCUAAAGCCAAGAUGCAACCAUGUCGGAACUUUACGUCUACGGGAUCUUGUCCCAAUCAGAACUGCAAAUUCGCUCAUGUGGUCAAAUUGCACGCGUCUCUGGACGCCGCCAAUCCGAGUCAGAAUCAACACCAAAAUACCAACAAUUUCAAUCAAAACAACAAUCGCCACAACAAUAAUCAACAAAGACAACAACUCGAGGCUGUCACAGCUGUCGCCGUUUGGGAACAGGCGGGAAGCAUCAAAAUAUUCACUGGUUCGCAUGACGGGUUUUGGAGACUCUGGAAUACGCACGGAGGAACCUUUCACAAGGAGUUCGAACAGGCCAUGGGAGGAAAGGUGGAAUGCCUCAAGGUCGCCUUUAACUACCUAUUUUGUGGAUUUGAAGGAACUUCUCCGGCAUUGCCAGGUGUACAGGUCGGCAUGGCCCAUGCCUGGAAUUUGGCAAACCCCAAUCAACCUCCUCUCGAACUACAAAUGGUUCCUGGAAUGAUCCCCUACGCGCAUGGACAAGCCGUCACUUCCAUUCUAGUCAUUGGCGCAGAGGGACAACCACCCAAAGUCGUCACCGGUAGUCGUGACGGCAGUAUCCGAAUCUGGACAUUUCAAGAAGGAGCGUUCGUCAUGGAAAAAAAUCUACUCGGCCAUGCACGAGCCGUCACGGGACUUGCGCCCAUUGGAACCAAUCUCUUGUGGAGCGGUGGCAUGGAUUUUGCGCUGCGAAUUUGGGAUUUUGCCAGUCCGCAGGGAACCUGCCAACAUACCAUCACCGCACAGGCAGGAGAUCAACCACAAUCACCCGCCGGCGCUAACGUAAAUCCAAGCCAACCACAAUCGGGACAUUCCAAUGCCGUCACAAGCUUGCUACAGUUUGAUGCACCCAACAAUGCCGGAACAUUCGUCUUGAGUUCCAGUCUAGACGGAACCGUACAAGCUUGGAAUGGCGGGAAUGGACAGUGUGUCGCCAAUGAAAAUCAUGGUGAAGGCGUCGUAUGCAUGUCCAUGGCCACCGAUUUGAAAGGAAAUCCAUUGCUACUCAUUGGUCUCGAAAGUGGGAAUAUCAUGGUCAGAAACGUAUUGCAAUCCCCCAGUAUGCCCGCCUUUGGAUUGUUGCUCUGUCUCAGUGCCAGAUAUACCGCUGGCCACAAUGGGGCCUGCCGAUCGCUUUGUCAAGGACCCUCCAGUACAUUCUACUCGUGUGGCAGUGACGGAAAACUGCUCGUCUGGCAAUUGACGGGCGAUUUGGGAUUGUAAAAUUAAAUAAAUGUGCUACAUCGGUGAUCAGAUAUCAACCAAUCGAAUGAUGCAGUGGCUACCGUACGGAAAUUUGGCAGGUAAAGCAGGCUACGGAACAUUCUAACACCUUGCUUUUGUGGCGAAGGAGCGAAGCAGGAGUCUGCAUUGCCUGUGCUGUUGCAAAGAGAAGUGACAAAGCGAAGCAUAACGACUACUAGUAGUAACAACAUUUGUGCGAACGAAACAAAAUCCAGA